AUGAUCCUGCUUCUGCUCAAUUAUUUUGAUGAGAAGGAGGAGUCUAUGUUCAAUUAUGUAGACGAUACAUGUCUGGCUGAAGAAGUCCAGCUGGAACAACUGCCAUUGACACCAGCCGUUGUUGUCUGUGGGCAGUCCUGCUAUUCAGCCACUAGGUACAUGCUGAGUGUAGACCGGGAGAUCACAAAUGGAACCAUCUCUUCAUUCAUAUCUGCUCUGUGCCUCAUGUUUGGGAGCUUCUACUGCUUCAAUAUACACUAUCCGUCUGGACUGGGUUCCACUCUUGAGUUUCUUCAAAGAUGCUUCUUCUCCAUAAAUCCUGAAAAAGGAACCAAAGUGGAGAAUAACAAGAGACAUCUCAACAUGAACCCCCGAGUACUCGCCCUGAUACAGGAACUUUCUGACCAUGAGUGGCGUUAA